ACUAACUGGAGACAUCAGCAGCCUGCUGAACAUGGAAUUAGGAAGAAUUUGGUCCAGAUAUCAGAGGACGGUGCUUAUCACCAUGAUGAUGUUCAAACUGGGCCUACUGUGCACAGCAGCAGCAGACAAGUGUUUAUCAUCUCCCUGUAACAACGGAGCGACGUGUCUGGACCACCUGGGCGAUUAUGUGUGUGUGUGCCCCAAAGGACCCGUGUGGUACAUGGGCAAACACUGUGACGAUCUGUUUGACGCCUGUUUGAUGGAACCUUGUACAAACUGCACCGGUAAACUGGGAACUGAUGAGUUCACCUGCCACUGCCCAGAUGGCUUCACGGGGCUCAGGUGCGACGAGGAUGUGGAUGAAUGUCAGAGCAACCCCUGCAGGGGGCUCAAGUCCUACUGUGUAGAUGGAGUCAAUGGUUUUUCCUGCCACUGUUCUUUUGGACUGGGAGGGGAUGACUGCCAGGAUAACGUGACCACUUGCUUAGUGGAAACGUGCCAGAACGGUGGCACCUGCAUGGACGUCCCUGACACUGGACAUCAAUGUCAGUGUGCUGCUGGAUUCCAGGGCAGCAACUGUGAGGAGAAUAUUGAUGAGUGCCAGUCUGAACCUUGCCAGAAUGGUGCCAUCUGUAAGGAUGGGGUCAACGGUUACCAGUGUUUCUGUGUGCCUGGAUUUCAAGGUUACCAUUGUGACUUGGACAUCAACGAGUGUGCCUCCAGACCCUGCCAAAACAAUGGCACAUGUCUGGAUGAGGUGGAUCAUUACGUGUGCAACUGCGCUCUGGGUUUUAAAGGGAUUAACUGUGAGGUGGAAAUUGAUGAGUGUGAGGUCCGUCCUUGUCAGAACGGUGCCACCUGCCGAGACCACAUUGCCAUGUACUCGUGUGAAUGUGUGGCCGGUUUUCAGGGUCAAGACUGUGAGAUCAACAUCGAUGAGUGCAUCAGCAUGCCUUGUCUGAAUGAGGGCAAGUGCAUAGAUGGGGUCAACAGAUAUGAGUGUGACUGUGAGGGGACCGGCUUCGAAGGCGACCACUGUGAAGAGGAUAUUCCUGAAUGUGCAUCGGACCCCUGCCAGCAUGGAGCCACAUGCUUAGAUGGUGUAAACCAGUACAGGUGUCUCUGCUGGGAAGGCUACACGGGAGAGAACUGCCAGGUGGAUAUAAAUGAGUGUGAACAGCAUCCAUGUGACAAUGGUGGCAAGUGUUUCCAGCGCUCAGAUGUCCUGAACUACGGGGUGCUUCCUGAACUCAGCAUGGCUAAUUUCAGCUUCGAAGUGGCAGCUGGCUACAUUUGCCAUUGCCUGCCAGGAUUCACUGGAGAAAACUGCUCAGUCAACGUGGAUGAGUGCGAGUCUGCUCCAUGUCAGCAUGGAGGAAGCUGUCAGGAUCUGGUCAACGCUUAUCAGUGUGUGUGUCCAGAUGGAUUUAGAGGUGUUCACUGUGAGGUGGACAUCAACGAGUGUGACAGCAAUCCCUGCCAGAAUGGCGCCACAUGCGAAGACUCUGCCAACUCCUACAGGUGUCACUGCCCUAAGCCAGAGCGUGGCCAGGAACCCUGGGGUGGGCGAGACUGUGACGUCCGUCUGGUUGGCUGCCGACGACACCAGUGCCAGCAUGAAGCAAAGUGUGUCCCCGUCCUGACCGACACUGGUGACCACAGCUACAUCUGCCUGUGUCAGCCUGGCUGGACUGGAGAACACUGCAACAUCUCCACCACCUUCUCCUUCAACUCCGAGGGCUAUGUCCACAUUCGGCUGCCUGUUUUCAAGAACAGGAUAAAACGAGAGACUGAUGACAAAAACAACGGACUCCACAUCCAGCUUCGAUUCAAAACCACUCUGCCAGACAUGGUGCUGUACUACUGGGGCACAUUGGAGCGCUUUGUGUCCCUGGAGCUUGUCGGAGGCUCCCUUCAGGCCAGGAUGAAGUCUGGGAAGGUGCUGCAGCUCACCUACCCUGGCCUGGUCAAUGAUGGAAGAUGGUACCAGGUGACUGUGACCAUGGAGGAGCGGCUGGUUAUGACCGUUACAGGACCAAGCUGUGAAGAAGGAUGUCUGGUGAAGAAUGAAGCCCACAAUUAUCUAAUUUUCCUUCAGCCUAGCUUUUUCCAAGAGCUUUAUGUAGGAGGGGCCCCACAGGAAUAUUUGGCCCACUUAUCCAGUGGAAAGGGAUUUAUUGGAUGUAUGGAGGACCUCAAAGUUCACCAUAAGCUGCUGCUGCCUGAAGACCUCAUGAGGGAGGAGAAUAAGGGCUUGGAACUGGGAUGUUACAAAAAGGACUGGUGUGAGGAAGAUCCAUGCAUGCAGCACGGACAGUGUGUGGACAUGUGGGUUCGGGCCAGCUGCCAGUGUCAUCGGCCAUUCCACGGAGAGCACUGUGAGAAAGAAUACCCAUCUUGGACAUUUGGCCAUGAAAACAUCACCAGCUACUCUUCCUUCAACAUCUCGGAGAGUCAUGGAGAAAACUUCACAAUCUCCUUCUUAAUGCGCUCCCUCAAACCCAACGGCUUGCUGCUGCAGUUCCACAGAGAAGGGAAGGCCUACCUGACCAUCUAUCUGAAGGAAGGCACCGUCGCUAUCUACAGUCCUCACACCACGCUGCUGUCGGAAGCCAAAUCAGUCGCUGAUGGCAGCUAUCAUUUGGUGACCAUUAAGGUUCACAACGGCCAUGUGGUCUUUCCUAAAGCAGGACAUAAUCGCGCCUUAGGAAACGUGAGUGUAGAGGCAGACGAUGUGGCAUUUGUUGGAGGCCUCCCUGCAGGCAAGAACAUGAAUGCCUGGGGUGGACACUUCAAGGGCUGCCUGCAGGACAUCCAGCUGGACCACAAACAACUGACUGCUGGGGCUCAUCCGGAGGGGUUGGAGGUUUACCAGGGAAGCACAGAGAACGUGCUGCAAGGAUGCCAGAGUGACAACACAUGCCGGGAUAAGCCUUGUUUCAAUGGUGGACAGUGCCAGAUCACCUGGAAUGACUUCAGGUGUAGCUGCCCCAAUAACUACUCUGGCCGGCUGUGUGAGACGCGCCUGUGGUGCAGAGACAAGCCUUGUUACGAUGGCGUGCUCUGCGUGGAUCUGCAUGACGGAUAUGAAUGUUUAACUGAAGCCACCUUUCAGGACAACUCUCUGCAGUAUGCUGCCAACGGCUCCCUCCUGAACCCCGUGACCAACAUCAGCCUGGACAUACGAACGCGGGAUGAGAAUGGGAUCUUGUUACGAGCUGCUGGUAAAGCUGAGGUCUUCUGCCUGGGCCUGCUCAACUCCAGCCUGCUGGUCAAACUGGACAGCGGGGCUGGGGCGGAGCUGCUGGCCUUCACAAGUGACAGGAUCAUCGCAGACGGAGGGUGGCACCGUAUCCAGAUCAGUAUGGUCGACCCAACAAGGUCGGUGUCCCGUUGGCGCCUCACAGUAGAUGGGCAGAGAGCUAGUGGCAGCCUAAAAGAUGGCGGCAAUCUGAACUUCCUCAAUGGCUCAUUAAUCUGGUUGGCAGAGAAGUACACCGGAUGUUUAAGAGAGGUGAGGGUGGGUGGAGUCUACCUGCCACUCAUAAAAGUACAAGAUGUUCCUCAGCAGAGCCGCUUCUCCAGGCUUGGUGGGCAUGAGCCAAUAAUCGGAUGCCACAGUGCACCCAUUUGUGACUCCCAGCCUUGCCUCAACCAGGGUGUGUGCCAGGACCAGUUUAAUGAGUUCAACUGCAGCUGCAGCCCUGGAUGGGAGGGGGAGCUGUGUGAGACGGAAAUAAACGAGUGCUCUUCAGCUCCCUGUGUCUACGGUAGCUGCAGAGACCUCCUGGCAGACUACCAGUGUGACUGCGAACCAGGAUAUGAAGGGAAAAACUGUCAGGAUGAGGUGGAUAACUGCCUGGAGUUCAGCUGUGUGAACGGUGGAGAGUGCAAGGAAAGUGUGGGCACACACACAUGUUCAUGCCCUCCUGGCUACAUCGGCAAGCGGUGCCAGUGGCGUUUUCCUCCAGUGGCGUGUGACGCAAACACAGAGUGUCUUAAUGGAGGGGUUUGUAUAGGAGGCGACUCUGGCGGCAACUGCACCUGCAAGCCAGGAUACACAGGUGCCAGGUGCGAGGCGGAAAUAAACGAGUGCGAGUCCAAUCCUUGUCUCAAUGGGGCCACCUGUCUGGACCGACUUAACCACUUCCAGUGUGUGUGUGUGUCCGGCUUUAGUGGCAAAUGGUGUGAGAGCAACAAGGAAGAGCAGGCGGAGAGAAUACCCUGGCUGGCAGUGACCAUCCCGCUGACCACCCUGUGUGUGUUAUUGGCCAUCCUGGUGGUCUUUUUUCUCAUCAUGACAGCACGAAAGAAGCGUCAAUCAGAGGGCACAUACAGCCCCAGCUCACAGGAAGUGGCUGGUGCUAGACUGGAAAUGGGCAGCGUCCUCAAAGUGCCUCCAGAGGAGAGGCUGAUAUGAGGCCCAAAGCCCCGCCUCGAAGUCUUACAUCCAAAGGAUGCAUAUUACACACAGAGAGAAAAUAUGUUCUGCAGCGUCAUGCUGCGCUUCCCUUCCUCCUACAGAGAAGAGACGGGCGACAAUUAAACGAAAGGUCUGCUGCCUGGAAUAACUACUGAUGCUGGACCCUCACAGGCGGACAGGUAAAAGACCAGAGGCAGAAAGAGGCUGUUGAAGGAUUCUCUGACUUUGUAAACCCUCAGAAGAGUUGUGUUUUAAGGACAAACUGUAUAGCAAAAUGGAUCAAAACCCUUAUCUAACGAUUAAAACAAAGAGCAGCGCUUCCUCUUUCAGACAUUCACUCAGUCUCACACCACAAUGUACAACAGCGCUGGUUCAUGUCGCAACAUGUGAUAGUCAAGACUCAAAAAUAGUAAAAUUAUUUCAUUCAAAAGUGCUAAAAAUGAUCUAUGUAUUUCAUUUUCAAGUCUUAAAAAAACAACAUAAAACUAAAAUGUCCUCAAGAAAUUGUAAAAUGUUUAUAUUGAACAUUUUAUUAACAAUUUCAGUCCCACUUUAAGUUUGAGUUACAUCCAGCUGAAUGACCCAACAGAUUUUUAUUUUCCUACUUCUGUUUAGGGUGAAGUAAGGGAUCAGUAAGGGAUUUAAAAAUGUUUUUAACGAUAGUAAAUACAUGGUUACAGGGUUGCAUCACCAGGGUCCAGCAUGGCAGUGUUUUUAAUGUUCUUGCAGGUUUGAUUGAUUGUGAGACUUUUCAACUCUUCAUCUCCUCCACAGACUUUCCCUCCAGUCUGUUUAUAACGUGAACUUUCCUGUGUUAUUUUUCUUUUUUUGAGUUUUGAGUUUGUUGAAUGCUGUCUCCAACGGCGAGGACACUGAUUUUGAGUGUGGAAAUGUUAAUGCAAUGAAUCACGAUUCCAGAUGUGAGUGUAUGUCACUGCAGCCUUUUAAAGAGUCUAAAACUAACUGCUGUAUUAAACUGUCAGUGUGCACUGGAGGACUCAGCAGGCUGAUGGAAAUACCCUCAAUACGCUUGCUUCUGUUUCGUCCCUUUUUGUAUGUAUUGUAAGUAUUUGCUGCAGAAGUUCGAGUCACUGUUUUUUCGUUUUUUCGUUGUUUUGUGUAGAUAUUUUAAGGAAAGCAGUAUUUAACUGUAGAGUUGUUGUUGCUGUGGUCUGAUGACACAUCAUCAGCUUUUGGGACGGCGAAUAAUUUCCUGAGUCAAAAGAAAAGGGAGAUUUUUCUCAGCCUUGCGGUGCACUUUCUCUGUAAGAGAGAGAUGAAAAACUGAAACCCAUUUCUCUCUGAGAGGAGCUGGAGUCAAGAAAUGCUUAAUCACUGUGAGGAGAUUUAAUCAAGCAGCUCUUCCUUAAUGUAUUAAUGUGGAUUAUUAGACACAUUAGCAAACUUAGAGGUGUUACUGGGACAGUCUGGUUUCCCACUGCACGUGCACAUACAUUUGACCUUCAUCUUUAGGGUUUGGGUGUAGUUUUGGGGGGUUUUCAGAUCUACCCUGGAUCAUGUUUUACAUAUUCUGAUCAGGUUGCCUUUGGUGUUGAGGGUAAUGUUAAAUUAAUUGUAAGAAUUAGUCCUUAAAGUCUGAUGCCACUGAAUACAUUUAUACACCAAGAAGUGAAACCACUCACUUGCCUUUCAACGCUCACCAGUGCUACUUACUCCACCCAACCUCCGAACCCGGUGCUCUCACAGUUCACAGGCUUACCUUUCACUUCUGAUGUCCAUGUUCACAAAUGUUUGUUUGUAAAGGGCGAGUCACAGCUAAUUAUGGUUCAGAACAACAGUUGUAUGGAAAAAAUAAGACUUUGUUUCAUGGACAGAACUGUACCAAACUAACUCAGUACUGCUCACAAGCAGCACAUACCAGAAGAUUGUGUAAGUGAAGGCCUGUAAAGUAAAAAAGUCAGGAAAUUAGAGUUUGCUGGAUUAUUUCUUUUUGUAAAAAUUAUUAUUGGCAAUAAAUCUUAAACUGUUGAAAUGUCUGUUUUCCUUUUUAAGUGGAGCCAAUUUUAAAGGAAAAUGCAAAGCAGCAGAGUUGAAAAUGUGGGCUGCACCCAUGAAAAUCUUCUCUUAACAGCUGACUCUGCUGUUACGUGGUGUUGUUCAUUCGACUGGAUGAUUAAAGUGUAAAGAAACAAGAUGUAUUGGUAAUUUAACAUUUUGUUCUGAUAAAAAAUGGGCCUCAGUUUCAUGUAGCAGAACCAUACACAGCCUCUUCAGCUUGGUACCACCUCCUCAUGCUGGUCACUUAUGUGCGACUGCACCCCAUUCUUCUACCAGGAUAUGUUUCAAGUCAUUGAAACCAAAACUUGUCCCACAAGUGUUCAGUGGGGUUUAGCUCAAGACCGCAGGCAGGUCAUCCAUCCUCCGAAGGUAGUCUCAGGUAAAUCU